AUGGACAGCGCUCUGGACCGACUCGACGCCGCGACUUUCUUACAGAUCUGGCAACAUUUUGACAAAGACGAUAAAGGUUUCAUCGAAGGAAAAAAACUGGAGGACUUUUUCAGACACAUGCUGCAAAAACUUGGAAUGAAGAAAGAGGAGAUAACGGAGGAGAAAACAGGAAAACUGAGAGAAAGAUUCCCAUCAGCCCACAACGCUGCGGCAGGUGGAAACGUUCAGAUCCAAGAGCUGGCCACCAUGUUGCUGCGUGAGGAGGAGAACUUCCUGCUUUUGUUCCGCAGAGAAACGCCGCUGAACAACAGCGUGGAGUUCAUGAGGAUCUGGAGGAACUAUGACACAGACAGCAGCGGCUACAUCUCAGCCAACGAGCUCAAGGAAACGUUUACAGAUAUGGAAGUCAAAUCAGACCUCACCCUGAGCAGACCAGAGCUUCAUUAUGGACCUAUGACCCUGUUCCUUCCACUUAUGAUGGCUCUGUGCACCAAAGAGCUUUACAGAAUUCAAGGUUCCCUGACAGUUUUAAACCUUUUGAGACUAUCACUCGCCAAAGACCAAGUCAUCAUUUUAGUGGGCAAGUAG